GUGACUAACAGUGACUAAAGGUAGUGGUGAGUCAGGACAGCAAGGACAUCGGAUGUGCCCCACUGAAGAAUUGCGACGGCACCAACAACAGCAGCGGCAGGUGGGAGUAGCGCCGCUCCUCGUAUCUGACUUUUAUGAGAGUAGGGAGCGUCGCGCAAUAUUCCGCGCAACCGACAUCGUGUGGGGAUCGAAGCUCUAACGGCUACUGGCCAAUUCGUGUAGAUCCAGUGAGUCAUCGUCAAGCACACAAAUCGUUCUUAUCUCGAAGUAAACCCGAAGAUGGACCCGCGGUUUCAGGACGACCUUAACGACGUCCUCCUUAAGAGGGAUCACGAUUCCGUUGACGAUUUCGAGCAUCUUGGCCACGACGGCUCUCCAGACGAUCGUUCGGAGCAGCAACAGCAACAGCAACAGCAACAGCAUCAGCAUCAACCGCCACCUCAGCCAAUUGACGCGCCACGUGUCGAUGAUCUGCUGCACAUCGGCGAUUCUUUUCAUCCACUGGACUCGGUAUUGUCCAGCGCCCUUUUUGACGCCGAAGCAAAAGCCAUGCCGGCGACACCGCCGCCUUCCGCGGACUUCGAUAAGUGCGCGGCCAUGGCGCAGUCGUCGGAUCCGUUCCAGCAGCCGCUGGAUCCGGUCGAUCCCAAGCUAGCCAGCAUGACAUUCGUCGAGACCGAGCGGGUCUAUCAUCACCAACUUCACGAUGACGAUGACCACGACAACGACAACGAGCAGGAAGAGAUACAUCUCCAACCGCCGUUGUUAUCGACCUCGACCGCGACUUCGACCAUUCAAGCUGAUAGCGACCUUUUACUGUCAUCGUCGAUGAAAGCUGUUGACAGCAAGGUUCAACCGAUCGAGGAACGCGAGGAUAUGCUGUUUACCGAUUAUGGAAAACAAUAUGAGCGUGAUGUCACUCCGCUGGGCAGCACCGACGAUUUUAUGCAAAACAUCAAAUCGUCGAUGCUACCGGCACCGGAAAAAUCACCACUGAUAGACUUCCUUGGAGAUGACAGCGAGUUAUUGAGGGAGAACAAAGUUAAGAAUAUUACGGAUGAUGACUCAUGGAACAUGAUGGAGAAAAUAGACCUGAAGCGGGAACAGGCGAAUAUAUUCGAACCGCCAACGAAACCGCUGCCUCCAUUACCUAAGGAAGCGCAGCUCCUGGAGAAGGCACAUCAGGACGCGUACGAAACAUCGAGUGACUUCUUAAUCGCGGAGGCUACGAAGCCGUCACCGCCGCUGCCGCAGCAGACAGCCGAAUCGAAACAGGAGAAUAUCAAACGGCGCGAAAUAUCAAAGCCCAAAGAAACUGAUCACGUUUCCUCUCAUCCAAUCAGUAAGAAGCAAGAAAUCGAAAUCGCGCCAAAGGAAAUAUUCCGAGAUAUGGGAUUAGACGCAUGGUUUAAUCCUGAAAGACUGAAUCCAAAAGUGGCAGCUCUGAUAUACUGGCGCGAUCCAAAAAAGUCAGGAAUUGUGUUCGGCACGAUACUGGGCGUACUUCUGUCAUUGGCCUAUUUUAGUCUGAUUAGCGUGCUGGCUUAUAUGUCACUUCUUGCCCUUAGCGGUACCAUUAUUUUCCGUAUCUACAAAACUGUUCUUCAAGCAGUUCAGAAGACCUCGGACGGUCAUCCAUUCAAAGACAUUCUUGAUCUGGAUCUGACAUUACCAGCUGAGAAAGUGCACGAAGUCGCAGAUGUCGCAGUUGCACAUGCUAAUGCAGCUGUCAGUGAAUUGCGCAGACUUUUCCUCGUUGAAGAUUUCGUCGAUUCUCUUAAAUUUAGCGUUUUGCUGUGGUGUCUCACUUACGUGGGUUCUUGGUUCAAUGGCAUGACUCUUAUUAUAAUCGGAGUGGUUGCUCUCUUCACACUGCCUAAGGUCUAUGAAACGAAUCAGGAGCAGAUCGAUCAGAAUUUGGCCUUGGUGCAGACAAAAUUCAGUGAAAUUACCACCAAAGUAAAGGCGGCAAUUCCUCUUGGCAAAAAGACUGAGCCAAUAAAGGAAGAAUACGCCGUCAUGUCAAUUCCGAACAGCGAUCAUGAAAAGAGAAAGCAGAUUUCGGUGCGUGGCAUCGUUGACGUUGAGAACGUUGGGAAUUUUAAGAAGACAUUUAAUAGGCAUCUUCACUACACCCUAGUGAAGGAUCGCAACGUCGCCACGAGUCGCGAUUACUUUUUCGCCUUGGCCCACAGUGUCAAGGACAAUCUCGUAUCACGAUGGAUUCGCACCCAGCAGCAUUAUUACGAGAAAGAUCCUAAGAGAGUAUAUUAUUUGUCUUUGGAAUAUUAUAUGGGAAGAUCGCUACAAAAUACAAUGAUCAAUUUAGGGAUACAAGGAGCAUGCGACGAAGCUAUGUAUCAGAUGGGUUUAGAUAUAGAAGAAUUGGAAGAACUUGAAGAAGACGCCGGACUCGGUAACGGAGGAUUAGGUCGUUUAGCUGCCUGCUUUUUAGAUAGUAUGGCCACGUUAGGUUUAGCCGCUUAUGGAUACGGUAUACGUUAUGAAUAUGGUAUAUUCGCACAGAAAAUAAAAAACGGUGAGCAAAUAGAGGAGCCCGACGAUUGGCUCAGAUAUGGCAAUCCCUGGGAGAAAGCUCGGCCAGAAUUUAUGUUGCCGGUGAACUUUUAUGGCCAUGUGAUUGACACUUCGGAGGGCAAAAAAUGGGUGAAUACGCAGGUUAUUUUUGCCAUGCCGUAUGAUAGUCCAAUUCCCGGCUACAAAAAUAAUGUUGUUAACACAUUGAGGCUGUGGUCCGCAAAGUCGCCUAUAGAAUUUAAUUUGAAGUUUUUUAACGAUGGUGACUAUAUACAGGCUGUGAUUGAUCGCAAUCUGGCGGAGAAUAUUUCUAGAGUUCUUUAUCCCAACGAUAAUUUCUUUGAAGGCAAAGAGCUCAGAUUGAAACAGGAAUACUUUAUGGUAGCUGCUACUCUGCAAGACAUCAUCCGAAGAUAUAAAUCUAGCAAAUUCGGCUCAAGGGAGCACCAUAGAACUGAUUUUAAAGCUUUCCCUGAUAAAGUAGCUAUUCAACUCAACGACACGCAUCCGUCCCUAGCUAUUCCCGAGCUGAUGAGAAUUCUUAUCGAUGUUGAAAGACUCUCUUGGGAGGAGGCUUGGGACAUUACGACACGUACAUGCGCCUAUACAAAUCACACGGUUCUUCCCGAAGCAUUAGAAAGAUGGCCCACCCAUAUGUUGGAGAGUAUUCUUCCAAGACAUUUGCAGAUCAUUUAUGAAAUAAAUCACUUGCAUCUUCAAAAUGUCGCAGCUAAAUGGCCUGGCAAUAUGGACCGUAUUCGUCAGAUGUCCUUGGUAGAAGAGGAAGGUGAAAAGAGAGUUAAUAUGGCUCAUGUGUCAAUUGUUGGUAGUCAUGCCAUAAAUGGAGUUGCUCGCAUUCAUUCUGAAAUUCUCAAAGACAGUGUCUUCCGAGCCUUUUACGAACUGACACCGGAGAAAUUUCAAAACAAGACAAACGGUAUCACGCCGAGAAGAUGGCUGCUACUUUGUAAUCCAAAUCUGUCUGAUAUAAUUGAAGAAAAAAUCGGUAGCGAAUGGACAGUUCAUCUAGAACAAUUGGAACAAUUGAAGAAAUGGGCGAAGGAUCCGGUAUUCCAACGAAAUGUUGUUAAAGUCAAACAGGAAAAUAAAUUGCGACUAGCUCAAGCAUUAGAGAAAGAAUAUGGCGUUCGGGUUAAUCCAGCAUCUAUCUUUGAUAUCCAGGUGAAGCGUAUUCACGAGUACAAACGACAAUUAUUGAAUUGUUUACAUGUCAUCACUUUAUACAAUCGAAUAAAAAAAGAUCCGUCUGCUUAUUUUGUUCCGAGAACUGUGAUGAUAGGUGGUAAGGCAGCGCCAGGUUAUCAUCUGGCAAAGAAGAUUAUUAAACUCAUCUGCAGCGUUGCUAAUGUUAUCAAUAAUGAUCCGAUCGUUGGUGAUAAGCUCAAGUUAAUCUUCCUUGAAAAUUAUCGCGUGACCUUGGCCGAAAAAAUCAUACCAGCCGCGGAUUUGAGCGAGCAAAUUUCGACUGCUGGCACCGAGGCGUCUGGCACUGGCAAUAUGAAAUUUAUGCUGAACGGCGCAUUAACCGUUGGUACUUUAGAUGGAGCAAAUGUAGAAAUGGCAGAAGAGAUGGGUAAUGAGAAUAUCUUCAUUUUUGGUAUGACAGUAGAGGAAGUAGAAGCUCUACAAAGAAAAGGUUAUAAUGCGUACGAUUAUUAUAACAAAUUACCGGAAGCUAAACAGUGUAUCGAUCAAAUCCAAGGAGGAUUCUUCAGCCCAAAUAAUCCUGAUGAAUUCCAAGAUAUUGCUGAUGUAUUGCUUAAGUGGGAUAGAUUCCUACUCUUGGCUGAUUACGAGAGCUAUAUAAACAUACAGGAUCAUGUUAGCAAAGUUUAUCAGGACGAGACCAAAUGGGUAGAAAUGGCUAUCCAUAACAUAGCCUCAUCGGGAAAAUUCUCAUCAGAUCGUACAAUAGCGGAGUAUGCGCGCGAGAUUUGGGGUGUUGAACCGAACUGGCAGAAACUCCCGGAUCCGCAUGAGCCUCGUGAUAUUUAAAUAAAUUCACCACUAUUUUCUCAUAAAGUGUUCCGAUAUUUGUCUGUCUUUUUUCAUAACUAAUAAUAUCCUCCUAUGUCGUAAACGAUAAUGUUUAAGACAUUAAUGCCAGAAUAAUCAUAAUUGCACAAAAUAGUAGGAAUUAUUAUUUGCAAGUAUACAGAAUAUUUCAAAGUUCGCGAAUCAAAAUACUACAGUAAAAAAAUUUUCAAAAAAUUAAGUAAAAGUACGUUGAAAUGUGCGUGUAUUAAUAUUACCGUACAUGCGAUUCAUAGACAGAUGGUUGUCGAAACAUAAUCUGUAAAUGGCUAUAUUUAAAGUCGAAAUAUAUAAAUAAAGUGUUUAAAUUUAAACUCUUACCUCUGCAAAAAAACUAUUGCUUUAAAUAAAAAUGUACAUAUAACCUUUUUACUUAAUUUUUCGAAUAUUUUCUUGUUGUGAUAUUUUGAUUCGCGAGUUUCAGAACCUGUAUAUAUCGCGAUUAUUUCUUACAAUAAAUAUUUGUUUACAGAAAUAAGGGCUUUUUAAAUAUUGCCUAAAAUGGCACAGAUAUUACUAAAAUCUGUUUAUGUUCACCUUUUUUUAAUGAAACUACGGUAUAGCACACUAUGGUAUAAUACUCUUAAUUACUAGAGCAGAACUGGGCAAUAUCUGCACAUUUCGACCGAUUUUCAACUUGGUUCUCGCCCUUUACCUCACUAAUCAGCGCACAGUUUAAAUGCCGAUUGGCAUUUAACCAAACUGAAAAUUGACCGAAAUAUACAAAUAUAGCUCAGCUCUAAAUUAGAGUACCAUUCUCUUUUUGUAUAUAAAAUUCAAGAGAAUGAUUUUAUCGUAUGAUAAUGAUGUCAUCUGUAAAUUAAGAGUACGUUCUGUUUUGGACUUAAAGUGCUUGUAAGCUUCAUUUGCCCUUAUUUAAAGUUUGAUAGAUAACAAGUAUGAACCGAUGCUUACAGCGUGUGAGUGAGUAAACAGAAUGCACCCAACAUAGCAUCUGUUCAAAAUUAUCAUACAUCGACGAGUAUAAAAUUUAUGAAUUAAAAUUGAAGAUUGGAUGAACUUGAAUUACAUGGCACAAUACUCAUACACACACAAAUUUUAGAUAUAAAUAAAUUUAAAUUAAAUAUAACUUCAAUUAAAUUUAGAUUAAAUUUUCAUUGACAGAUUGAGAACUAUUAUAUACCUACCUACACAGAACAUAAUAUGUUAGAUAUCCUCUAUGGAUACUAAGGAUAUCCAUAAGUUCGUAAUCAACAGCCAUUAGACAUAGGAUUUACAUAUUGAAAUGUAGAGAUAUUGAGAUCUCUUGAAUAUCCAUAGAAUAUCUAAUUUUAAGUAUUUUUGUGCGCGCACAAACACACACACACACACAUACACACACACAAACAAAUACACACACACACACAUAUAUAUCUAUCAGACUUUAUCGGAGCGUUUUAUAUUGAGUUGUUACGUGCCAUGUUUUUUACUUACUCCAUAAAAAAUCUUGUUUACGAGAUUGUCAGAGGCAU